CAAGUGACUCAGGUGGUGGCAGUCAGGCGCUGGUGAUAGGGGUCGUUGUCGGAGUCGUGUUGUUCGUCACCCUAUUAGGGGCAUGCGCAUUGUUUUGCCUCUGCAAGAAGAAGAAUAAGAAAAGCUAUAACAGUGGCUCAGCCCCUCAAAGCUGGAAAAAACAAGGAGGGGAACACAACAUCAAGAUGCCCCCGCCACCAUUGGGUGGCGGUGGCUGGCAACAGCACGGCCCUCCAGCACCAAUGAGCGGCGACAUGACCUCCUCAAACUACUCUGGUCCCCACGGGCCAGUACUUCCACCUCCAUCACCCAACAUUGCCCUCGGCUUCAACAAGAGCACCUUCACCUACGAAGAGGUUGCAGCGGCUACUGGCGGAUUUUCCCAGAGCAAUUUGCUCGGUCAGGGCGGAUUCGGGUAUGUUUAUAAGGGAGUCUUGCCUAAUGGGAAGGAGGUUGCGGUUAAGCAGCUUAAGGCUGGGAGUGGACAAGGGGAGAGAGAGUUCCAGGCAGAGGUUGAGAUUAUUAGUAGAGUUCAUCAUCGUCACCUUGUGACUCUUGCUGGGUAUUGUAUUGCUGAGAGUCAAAGGAUUUUGCUUUACGAGUUUGUUCCUAACAAGACCCUUGAGUAUCAUCUCCAUGGAAAAGGUCUUCCAACAAUGGACUUUCCUACAAGGCUCAAGAUUGCAAUUGGAUCUGCAAAAGGGCUUGCAUACUUGCAUGAAGACUGCCAUCCUCGGAUCAUCCAUCGUGACAUCAAAACUGCUAACAUUUUACUCGAUUACAAGUUUGAAGCUAUGGUUGCUGAUUUUGGACUGGCUAAGUUGACUUCCGACACUAACACACACGUUUCAACACGAAUCAUGGGAACUUUCGGGUAUUUAGCUCCUGAGUAUGCAUCAAGUGGUAAGCUUACCGAUAAAUCUGAUGUCUUCUCCUACGGUGUCAUGCUUCUUGAGUUGAUAACUGGAAAACGGCCUGUUGAUCAUACUAACAGAAAUGAGGAUAGUUUGGUUGACUGGGCAAGACCUAUGUUAGGACAAAUAUUAGCUGAAGGGAACUAUGAAGAGAUUGUAGAUCCGAAACUAGAAGGAAACUACAAUACAGGAGAGAUGGCACGAAUGAUAUCAUGCGCCGCUGCAAGUGUUCGCCAUUCUGGACGUAGACGUCCUAAAAUGAGCCAGAUCGUGCGAGCACUGGAAGGUGAUGCUAUCUCCUUUGACGACCUGAACGAUGGUACAAGGAUUGGACAGAGUUCACAAUUCAGUUCAGGCUCAGAAUAUGACUCGAGCACAUACUCAUCCCAAAUGAGACAGUUCCAAAAGGUUGCACUAGCCAGUGGCCAGUUUACUGGAGAAUACAGUGGCGUUACAAGCGAGUAUGGACUGAACCCUUCGGAGUCAAGCAUCUCCUCUGGUGAAGUUCACUUUGGUGCGGGUCGCAGGCCUCAUGAACAAGUUUGAGCAGAAAAAAGGAAAGAAGAUGAGAAUGUUUAAACUUUAGAUUUAUCUGUAUGUGAUUUGGAUCCCAAUGCUUAAUUUGAACGUGUUUUGGAGGGGUUAAAGGUGGGUAGAGUGAUGAUUUGCUUACUUGAUGUUGAAACGAGUUUGUUCUGAUUGUUUAUGUUCUUUAACUUGAUGGAAUCAGAUUUUGUUGCUAACCUUCAUGGAA